AUGCCUCCCCUAUUUCUUCUCUAUCUCUUCCAUCUCUAAUAUAUUGCAUCCUUUAGCAGAUUGAGGCAUCUAACACCACUGACAGUUACAUGUAGCUUUCCCAGUUUCUUGGUUUGCACAUGAAUUUUAAAAAGAAACACUUUGGUCGCCAGGAGGGGCUGGAGCCAAUCCCAGCUACCACUGGUAGUAAUAGUUUUCCAGUGUUGAAGCGCACAGUAACAAGAAUGAGGAAGCAGCAAAGGUAUAAAACACACAAUUCCAGUUUGUUCUCAUCACAUCGUCUUGACACAGACUUAAAGAUGGCACUUCUGAUUCUCCUGGUAAUGCUGACAGCAUGUGCUGCAAUGCCUCAAGAUCUCUCUGGCAAAAUGUUCAUCUUUCCACAAGAAACUGACACAGCUAAUGUGAGACUGAGUACAUCCAUGCAGAGCUUCACAGCUGUGACAGCCUGUUUCAGGUCCAUUACAGACUUCAGCAGGAACCACAACCUUUUCUCUCUCUCCACACCCUCUUUCCACAAUGGCUUCCUGGUAUUCAAGGAAGCAGGAAAUAAUGUGAUUGACAUCUAUGUCAGAAACAACAGAGUAACAUUUACAGGCCAGGAUUACAUGCUGAAUACGUGGCAGUCUAUUUGCACCACUUGGGAUUCCGAAUCUGAACUGGUGCAGCUGUGGCUUAACGGAAAGCCCUCAAUAAAGAAAUUCAUUGGUGGAUCGGUCAUCACUGAUCCAAUUGUUAUCGUAGGACAGGAGCAGGAUUCCCAUGGCGGGGGAUUUGACAUCAAUCAGUCUUUUGUUGGGAUGAUGUCUGAUGUCCACAUGUGGAACUACGUCCUUUCCCCUUGUGAGAUCCAGCGUUUCGUAGAAGAUCUGAACUUCACUCCUGGGAAUAUGAUAAACUGGAGGGCGCUGGAGUUCGAGGCCACAGGCAGAGUGCUGGUAGAAAAUAAGAUCACUUGUGAAUAAAGUUACACUAUAAAUAAAUAAAGUCAUUAAGAAGAAGCUUGAAAAUAUCUGCAGCUGGUCUUUGGUUAGGGUAAUGUCUUUAAUCAGUUUCAUUUUCAUGAAAAAAUCAAUCUUAUGCUUAAUCAGAAUAAUCAAUUAAAAAAAAACAUGUUAAUUAAUUUCUUUGUGUGUGUAUUAUGGUUUGGGGUUUCUCUUUAACACCAGCUCCUGUCAUCAAUAAUCUAAAUAGUUUCCUCAGUAUAAAUACUCUUCCCUGUGUUUUCUGCCAGAUUGUCUUGGUGCAGCGAAGCAUUACGAUAUGUGAUCAUGUGUCAUUUUAUUUCUCUAAUCUUCUUCUUCAUAGUU